CCUACCAGGUCGCUACAAGAGAUCACGUACAGGAACUGUCCUUGGGUUCCUGUUCACUGUAAUAAUGUAAUUUUCUGCCAAAGUUGCAUGGUUCUGCCGCUCAGCAGGCUGGUGUUGUGGUCCUCAGAAGACCCUUUGCUCUCCUCCGGGGAGCGGAGGCAUCUAACCCAACUGGCCUUGGCUUUCCUUGUGGAUGUCUCCAUCCUCUCCGCUUCCUUUUCGCCCAGUCUGUGAUAUUCCCCGAGGCUGCACCCUGCCGGCGGACCGGUCAUCCAUCGACCACUGAUCCCCGAGGGGAGGAGGACCGCCGGUGACAGGAGAGCCGAGCCCCGGUCCUGGCCAGGCUGGCAGGUAGCACCCCCAGAGCAGGGACGGGAAGGGGAGGGAGCCGCGGGCCGCGGCCGCCCCGCCGCCUCUGCCCGCCCCGCCGAGCCGAGCCGAGCCGAGCCGAGCCGAGCGAGCCGAGCCGAGCCAUUCCCGUGCCGCUCGGUACGGGCUGCCGGCCGCCACCGGAGCUGUCCAGCCGCCCGCGCCUGCCUGCCCGCCCGCCCGCCCGCCCGCAGCUCCAGCCAUCCCCGCCAUGCGAGAGCGAUGAGAGCAGCGCCUGCAGAGGCAGCCUGGCAAUGGAGGAUGAUUUAUUCCAGCUGAGACAGCUGCCGGUGGUCAAGUUUCGCCGCACUGGGGAGAGUUCAAGGUCAGAUGAGGAUGUCAUUUCAGGAGAACAUGAAAUUCAGAUUGAGGGUGUUCGGACAGAGCUAGAGCCUAUUGAGCUAGAGGAUGGAGCUGCAGUGCCAAAAGAAUUUGCCAACCCAACUGAUGAUACUUUCAUGGUGGAAGAUGCGGUGGAAGCCAUUGGAUUUGGAAAGUUCCAGUGGAAGCUCUCUGUUAUUACUGGAUUAGCAUGGAUGGCAGAUGCUAUGGAAAUGAUGAUUUUAAGUAUCCUAGCUCCUCAGCUUCAUUGUGAGUGGCGAUUACCAAGCUGGCAGGUUGCAUUGCUCACAUCGGUGGUGUUUGUGGGAAUGAUGUCCAGCUCCACCCUCUGGGGAAACAUUUCAGACCAGUACGGAAGAAAAACAGGCCUAAAGAUCAGUGUGUUGUGGACGCUCUAUUAUGGGAUCCUCAGUGGUUUUGCACCAGUGUAUAGCUGGAUCUUGGUGCUCAGGGGCCUGGUGGGCUUUGGGAUUGGAGGAGUGCCUCAGUCGGUAACCUUAUAUGCUGAAUUCCUUCCAAUGAAAGCCAGAGCAAAAUGCAUUUUAUUAAUAGAGGUCUUUUGGGCCAUAGGGACUGUGUUUGAAGUCCUCCUAGCAGUGUUGGUGAUGCCCACUCUUGGCUGGCGGUGGCUUCUCAUUCUUUCUGCCCUCCCACUUUUGCUCUUCGCUGUCCUAUGUUUUUGGCUGCCAGAAAGUGCCAGGUAUGAUGUAUUAUCUGGAAAUCAAGAAAAAGCAAUUGCCACUUUAAAGCGGAUAGCAACAGAAAAUGGAGCUCCAAUGCCUUUGGGAAAAUUAAUUAUUUCCAGACAGGAAGACCGAGGAAAAAUGAGAGACCUUUUUACGCCUCAUUUUAGAUGGACCACAUUGUUACUCUGGUUUAUAUGGUUUUCCAAUGCUUUUUCAUAUUAUGGGUUAGUUUUAUUAACUACAGAGUUCUUCCAAGCAGGAGACGUCUGCAGCAUAUCCAGUAGAAGAAAAGAAGUUAAAGCAAAGUGCAGCCUGACCUGUGAGUAUCUGACAGAGGAAGACUACACUGACCUGCUCUGGACAACCCUGUCAGAAUUCCCUGGUGUGUUAGUAACACUAUGGAUUAUUGAUCGGAUAGGCCGCAAGAAAACCAUGGCCCUGUCCUUUCUGGUCUUCUCGUUUUGCAGUCUUUUGCUGUUUCUCUGCGUUGGAAGAAAUGUUCUUACUGUGCUGCUCUUCAUUGCAAGAGCUUUUAUUUCAGGAGGAUUUCAGGCUGCUUAUGUUUACACUCCUGAGGUUUAUCCGACAGCCACGCGUGCUUUGGGCCUGGGAACAUGCAGUGGAAUGGCCAGAGUGGGAGCCCUCAUAACCCCGUUCAUUGCACAGGUUAUGUUGGAAUCUUCCGUCUAUUUAACACUGGUGGUUUACAGUGGAUGUUGCAUGCUGGCUGCUGUGGCUUCCUGCUUCUUGCCCAUUGAAACGAAAGGUCGUGGCUUACAGGAGUCCAGCCACAGAGAAUGGGGACAGGAGAUGGUUGGCAGAGGAUCUCAUUCCCCAGGGGUCACCAGGUCAAACUCUGGAUCACAGGAAUGAUAGGACAUGAAAACCUGCUGAAGGAAUGAAUGAUAUGAGCAAGACCUCUUUCACAAAAAAUCCAACCCUGAAGCAUAGAAAGCUGACCAUACUGUCACUGCCAAUGUCACGUGUCAAACUGCAGGAACUUUUGGGUUGAACCUAAGCAAAUUGUGUCUCUGCCGCUCUUUGCUCACACACAUAAAAUUUUUACUUCUGUAUUGAGAGGCGUUUGAUCCAGAUAUCAUUUGAAGUUUAGCAGGAGGGGUUUUUCUUAAGUCUGUUGUGCUUGCAUGGUCAGCUAUUCAGCUUAAAAUGUCCCGUGUCAAGCAAAUAGCUAACUGAAUGCAACUCAGUAUAAGCUGUAAUUAAAAUAAUGUACUCUUGAUGCCUAAAACCAAAAGAUUAAUAUUUAUUGUGUACCUGGCAUAGCACAUGGUGGAUUCCAUACACUACAGAAUAGGUUUUAUGAAUUAGAUGCCUGCCUUGCACUUUUUAGCCAUCAACAACAACAACAACAAAAUGUGAUAACGGCAAACCAACCAAUGCUUUCUAGUUCCCUUGCUUAUGGGUUCUGUUCCUUGAGAAUUAAUAGGCACUGACUGAUUGCUUGGAAACAGUUUUCUGAACGUUUCUCCCAUCCAAGGCAGGUAGUUUGAGUCAGUGAGGAGUGGUAUUUGUUGCAGAGAUGGAGUCUUAUAUAAGAAACAUAAAUCCUCAUGGUUUGGAGCAGAAUUUGACUUCUCUAACAUUGCCAGAAACAUUGAGCGCUCUGUCUGUUGCUUGGUGAAGACUGCUUCAGCUGUACUGGUGUCUCUUUGUGUGUGGAGAUGCACGCUGUGGUUUUCUGCAUGGGUCCAGGUAUGUUUCUGCUCAAUUUGCCUAAGUAUGUUCUUGUGGUGGUGUAGCCAAAACCUUUGAUAAAAAUGCCUCAGUCUGAACAGCUGUGUGUAGCAAUUUGGAUGGAGCUGCUUUCAAGUGUCUCCCAACAGAAGCUGGCCUCCUGACAGCUGGGCAGAACUUCUCGAUAGCUGCUGAUUGUACAUUGACUCUAACAUCAAGCUGGUGACAAAGGAAUGUAGCUGGCAUCAUGUUGUAAACGAACAAAAAUCAUGGGAAGAGCCGAACUGCAAUCAUCCUUAGAUGAGGAACUUCACUCCUUCAGAUGUCGCUCCUCGAGGCUGAUGAUCCUGCUCUUGUCAGAGAAUGUAACAGAGUUCAGGUGAGGAUAAGUUUGUCUUGUUUGUCAGAAAUCUGUCACUAUGCAGAAAGUCAGAUUUCAGAGUCUGUGGAUGUGCAGCGAGGAAAUGCAUAAGGAAGCUGAGAUGUGUCUCAUCCAUGUCUCAGUUUAUUUUCAGGAUUCCAGACUAUGGAACACACACAACCAAAUGUAAGUGAGAUAGACUAAAUGCUAAUCACUAGGCUGUGGGAAGCAAUACAUUUUUAUAGUAUGUGUGGUCAGUGGUCUCACGUAAACAUAGGUAAGCGUGCAACAAAUUUUUGCACAAUAGAAUAUUUUAAGUAUUCUGGGAACCAGGCCCCUUUUCUGUGGGGCAGGACUAGGUCACUGAGUCCAUGUUUGGGUGCAAUACAAGUGAACACAGUUGGGGUUCAGCUUUCACUUAGGGUUUUACAGUACUGUAGUGCAGUAUAAUGCUCCAAGACAUGUUAGGCUGUUUGUUUAUAGCAUUGAAGGAAAAUUAGAAGUGGAUAAUUCCUUAAAGAAACUGAGGAAAUGCAGACUAAUAAAAAAAGGCCAAAGAGGUUACUGAUAUUCUGUGUGUGGGUAUUUUCUGCUGAGAAAAGUUAAAGUUUGACAUGGUGCCAAAAUGUCUCUGUCCAUUCAUUUACCACUCAAUGAUGGUGACUGCAAUGAAAGACUCCAGAAGUGGUUGGUCUAAACAGGAAACUUUCCUUUUCACAGUAAUAUGAAAAUGCAAUUCAGCUCACAGGGGAUCCCACUUUAGGUGUGGCUGAUGACAUAGAAACACACUGUCUCUUCCAGUGGCUGUUGCUGUGUGCUGGUUCGGUUAUCUCUGUCUCUGCUGUCUCUGUAUUCUGGCUGCUCAAUCUCCAGCAAGCUCAAGUUCCAGUUGAUCAAUCCCCAAUAAACAGACAGGGCUCUCACGGCACUGACAACUGGUGCAAAUAAUUUGUUUUUACCUCCUUCUGUCAGGCUGUAGUUGGAUAAUUCUCCCUAAUGCACUAUGCAACUGGGGUAGCUCAGACCUGCCUCAAAGUAGAGAGAGAGACGGACUUGUUUCCCUUGGACUGUCCCUCUGAUGUGCGAGAGAUGGACAGGACACUGGCAGUGAGGACACAGUUCCUGGAUGGUUUUAGAUCAGAUACUAGACCAUGCGUGUGACCAGUGAGCUAGAAAACCUGCUUUGCCUUUGCAUAGUAUGGACCGUUCACCCUUUAAUGAAAGUUCUGACUAUCAUCUUCUUCCUCCUGCUGGUGAAGGCACUUGAGAGCAUGCCAGUCCACACCUGACAGGGGCACAUCCAGAUGCUUACGUGUCUCUUGCCAUGUGGGCUUCCCAUUAGCUGUGUUUACAGUUAGGUGUACACCCCAAAACCGGAUGGUCUCUAGGAGAAUUCAGCAGGGUGUCAGUCUGCAUUAGAGAUGAGAAAGAACAUAAAAUGCAUGACAUCCGUGGCCUGAAGGAAUGCCACCUUACAGGCGCCUUUAGUUAAAAUUCUACUUUUCCAGUGUUAAUGUUCACAUAUCACUUCAUUUUUUUGAGUCAAUAUUCAACAGUUUUAAAGGACUGCAUUGCAACAGCCUUCAAAGUGUGCAUUCAGAGUGUUUUAGGUGAAGUAUAUAUAUCUCAUAGAUUUGCACAUAUGUAUACUUCACAUAAAAUAUUUCCCAGGUAAAGAUUUAUAGGUAAUGUGAAACCUUUUGAUGCUGUUGAGUAGUUCAGUUUUAACCUGUGACUGUUACAGUAUUAAAAAAAAAAUCAAAGGCAUUUUUGCUUUUCACUUUUUAUGAAUUCUGCAUUGACAAUGUACAUAAUGACACAAAUGCCAAGAUUGGUCCUGCUGAGACAUCUUCAUAGUCUGGGUCUUUGAUUUAGAGACAGUGAUGCCUAAAGCAUGAUCCAAAGCUCACUGAAGUCUGGGAGAGUCUCCCAUGGAUAUUUGUGGGCUUUGGAUCAGCUGAAUAGAGGAAGACAGGUAGGAGCGUGCCACAGCUGAUCCCACCUCACUGAAAUCAGUAGGAGCCUAUUGGGCACUGAAGAAACAGAAGAGAAGUUCAGGUUUUGCAAGUCCUUGCAUAUUAUUAAUAAUGGAAAGACAUUUUAGAUUGUUCACUGAAAAACUGAAGAACAUUUGGGUUGAUACACAAUAGCCUAUAAAUAAUCACAAGUCAUAUUUUGUUAAUAUGGCAACAUCAUUGAUGUAUAUAAUAAGCUUCCAAAGAUUGUUUUACACACUGGCAAGUAUUUUUCACUGAUGAAAGAAUUAAUAUAGCUAGUUCAUUUAAAACAAUAAAGUGAGAUAAUUUUGAAUUAAAAUCGAGAGCAAAUGGAAUUGUGGGAUUCAGAGAUUUGCUAACUGUCCAAUAUAUUAAUGUGCAAAGCUGUUGUGGGAAAAAUAAUUCUCCAAGUGUGCUUUGAUGGAAUGAUUUAUUAUUCCUAAAUGCUUGCCGAAAGAACAUUGAAUGUUUUCCUGUGUUUGAAUGUACAGUUUCUAAGCUGGAUACAUUUUAAUGUUUAAAAACUUUGUGUAUAUCAAGCUUGUUGUAAAAUACUCCUUUUGUUCCUAUGUUACUGAUGCAACACUGGAUAGUUUAAUUCCACACUAGAUAUUUUAUGUUAAACAAAUAAAUAGUUUUUUCAGUAAAAA